AUGAAACGAAAAAACUUUACCCCAAACGCAAGCAGCUUUCUUUGCAGCGAUCAUUUUUUGCACGUUGAUUAUAACACUGAAAAUGCCUAUAAACGCAAGUUAAAGUUAGACGCGAUACCUUCAGUGUUCGCUUUUCCGGAGAGACUAUUAUCUAAAAAGUCAAAAAGAAAGCCUCCUGCUAGAAGAGAGACAGAAACAUCAUCACCAAGCGCUAAAAAAGCUAGAAUAGAUUUGCUCGAGGAAAGUCUAAUAGAAGAGACAAUACCAAUGCAAAAUGCUGUAGCAAGUAGUCCCAGGAAAAAAAAAUUGCGAAGAAAAAUAAAAACUCUUAAGCAAAAGUUACGACGUAAGGAAACGAAAAUUCAGUCGCUAAGUAGUUUGGUGAAAAAGCUUGAAAAAGAGAAAUUUAUUUCAUCAGACGCAGCUUCAAUUCUCGAUAACAACUUUUCAGGAGUAGGUGGGGAAAUUUUAAAAUCAGACCUAAAGAACAAAAAUCGUGCUGCUACAGGCCGUCGAUACUCAGACGAAGUUAAAAAAAAAGCAAGAAAUAAUCCGGAGUAUAGGGACUGCGCUCUUCUUUUUGAUGGUAUGUACAUUAAGUCAGGGGUUGUUUACAACAGAAGUAAAGGAAAUUAUGAAGGGUUUGUCAAUUUUGGUGCGGAUGUUGUUGCUUUUGAUCCAGACAAGGUUGCUACUGAAGCUCUUGUGUUUAUGUUAGUUGGUUUACGAGGACAUUGGAAAUGUCCUAUUGGUUACGUGUUAUGUAGUGGAAUAAAUUCUUCAAAUUUGAGUGCACUGGUUAGCAAAUUGUUUCGCUUAGCAUCUUCACAUGGGCUAAAUAUGUACAGUGUGACUUGUGACGGUACUGCCACGAAUUUUUAUUGCAUGAAAGCCCUUGGUUGUGAGUUUGGAUCAAAUUUGUCUGACAUUAAAUACUCUUAA